GGGCAGCAUUGGGCCUCCUGCCCCAUGGCUCUGGCAUUCCGCAACACCUUGGCCCUGGUGAUGAUCUGGCUUCUGCCUCCCCAGUCCAUGGCUGGGCCCGGGUACUUGGCUUGCUACUACGGCUGCUUGGGGGUGUGCUUCACAGCUGGCGUGGCUGCGGCUGGGAUUUGUCCUCCCGCAGGCCUGAGCGGAGCGGCUGCCUGCACAAGCGGCUGCGCGGCAGCGUGCACGCCAACGCUGCUUGCGUGCUUUUCUGAGGACACCCGCGUCCAGGUCCUCAACGGCACAGGUGUGGCUGUGGUGCCCUUGAGCGCUGUAGCGCCGGGGCAAAGGCUUUGGAGCUUCUACCAGGGCAAGCCCUUGGCGGUGAAGGUUCUGGAGAAGUGGUGAUCAACGUUUCAGCCUGGCCAUCACGGAGAGCCACAACAUGUCCCGGCUGCGGCGCUCCGCCCCUGAGUUGCGGGAGGCACACUUGGAGGUGGCCACAGCGGAGAUCGUGGCCACCGGCGUCUCGCGCCUGGGCUUCGGCGUCGUCUCGGAGCUGCGGCGCAUGCAGAAGUCUGUGAAGCACGUGCUGACCACGGAGACCGGAAGCGUCGUGGCCAACAACAUUCUGAGCAGCACCAUUUGUGACGGCCGCGACGACAUCAACAACCGCUCCAGCUGGCUUGUGACACUGAACCAGUGGCAGGUGUUGCAUGAGAAGCGCCUCAAGCAGAUGUAGGUCAGUUCCGCUGUCGCCUUUAUGGCGCGUCGCUUGGCAGAGGGCCUCGCGCGUUUGUCAUGUACAGCUUUGCUGGAGUCUUGCUGAAUGGUAGGGCUCCAUCACGGACGCGAGGUCGCGCCUGAUUUUGUCUUGCAAGCCACCAGCAAAGGAACGCCUGUUGAAUGACGGGCCUUUCUCUGUGUUGUUGUUGGAGGCUUGCGUUUUCAAACUCCAACCCUGGGACUUUCCUGUCCCAUCUGCUUG